AUGAAAGAGAAGCAUUGUGUUCCGGGUGUCGUUCAGGAGGAUGUCACCGAAAACAUUCGCACGCUUUUUAACUUUUUUUCGUGUCACUACGUAGCCAUACUGAGAAGUCAUUUGGCCAAGGUUGGUUUAAACACGGAGGAGGAUGAUGACUUGAACGAAAUCCUGAGUUUGGAUGAGUGCUUCGAACACGCCCUUGAGGCAGUCAGCAGUGAGCAUAAGCUGACAACGUACUGCAAACGCAAGUACGACUUAGUUGAGCCUAUAGAGUGUCACCUUGAUAGCGCUGAUGGUGAGAAAAGAGUUUAUCACUACAUCCCGGUCUUGAAAGUAAUAGAGGCUGAGCUAAAAAAAGGUGACGUAAUGUCGGCUCUCUUGACCAGUAACGCGCGACGGGAAAACAGGGAGUGCAUGACAGACUAUUGCGAUGGAAGCCUUUUCCAGAGGCACGAGCUCUUCGCAAGUGGAGAAUUUUCCUUGCGUCUCCACUUCUACACUGACGAAUUUACGGUAGUGAACCCGCUUGGCUCGAGAAAGAGCGAGUACAAAAUUGCGGCGUUCUACUUCGUUAUUGGCAACCUACCUGCGCAGUAUCAUUCCCAAAUGAAGCACAUUCAUUUGGCUAUGCUCUUCAAGCACAGCCAUUUGAAGAAUCACAGUUAUGGGGAAGUUUUAAAACCUUUAGUUUCAGACUUAAAAAAGCUUGAACAUGGGAUUCAGGUUAACACUGCUGUAGGAGCGUUAACAGUGCGGGCAGCGGUUGCAUGUGUCUGCAUGGAUAAUCUUUCAGCGCAUCAGUUCGGCGGAUUUUCGACAAGUUUUAGAGUGGGAAGAAUUUGUCGGUAUUGCAUGGCCACCUCUGAAACUAUGAUUGAAACAGAUGUUUCGACGUUCAAAUUAAGGACACUCGAUAUUCAUGAAAUUCACCUGCAAGCCGCAAAGGCGGAUCCUGAACUUAGCAAAGUGUACGGUGUCACUCGCGAAUGCCCGUUCUCGGAACUCAAGUUUUUCGACGUGACAGUCGCUUGCCCUCCUGAUCUGAUGCAUGACUUGCUGGAAGGCAUUGUACCCCGCGUGAUCAAGCUUGCGCUAAAAAAGCUAAUUGAUGAACGCCACUUUACACUGGAGUUCUUGAACAAACGAAUCAAGUCUUUUAAUUACGGGUUUUCCGACAGCACUGACAAGCCCGUGCCUAUACCAAAACAAAGCUUGAGUAAAAGGGGAUUAAUUCCUGGCAAAGCUGUCCAGAAAAUGUCGUUGCUGACAUUCCUACCACUGCUUAUCGGCCACAAAGUGCCAAAAGGUAACCAAACCUGGAAAAUGUUCCUUCACCUCCGCUGUGUAACGGAUAUUGUUUUCGCUCCAUCAAUUGAAAGGUCAUGGGUGCCAUACCUUGAGCAUCUAAUCAAAACCUUUUUGGACAGCUUUCUGGAGAUAUUCCCAGGUCAUUUUCAUGCAAAAAUGCAUUACCUCGUCCAUUACCCGCGCUUCAUUACCUUGUACGGGCCGCUGAGGCACGUCUGGUGCAUGAGGUUUGAAGCGAAGCACCAGUAUUUUAAAGGAAUCGCCCGAAUAACUCGUAAUUUUGUCAACGUUACUCUGACGUUGUCAAAAAGGCACCAGAUGCGGCAGUGCUACGAGCGCCUAAGUAGCCUAGACGUAGGCUAUGUACCCAUGGCAGCCGCUAAGGAAGCGGCUUUCAUGACUUUGCCAACGUCGCUGCAGGAAAGCGUCAAAGCCUAUUUCGACACCGAGUGCGAUGAGCAGGAAAUUAUGGUCGAAGUCAAGGCGCUUAAGAAAGGUUCCGUAAUGUACAAAGUGGGACUGCUGUAUCCUGUAGCUCUCUUACACGCAGAAGAGAUCCCGCUCUUCUUUGAGAUUGAAAGGAUCAUAAACGUGAGGGGCCUGUGGAUGUCAUGUGGUAAGCUCUUGAGGCCCACACAUUUCCUGGAACAUGAGCACGCGUAUGUCGUCAAAGAGACAAGCGACUGGCACUCGUGCCAACCUGGAUCGGAGAUUGAUCACACACCUUUGAACAAAUAUGCAAAUUCGAAAGGUGACAUCACGGUUUUUCUGAAGUAUCGCAUCUCCGGAAACAAAUGCUAA